GACUCUGCCCGAGGCACCAUGGCUACGGCACGCAAGUUUGGACGGCUCAUUGGACCUCGUCAGGCCAUGAUCCGCAACCUCAUCACAGACCUUGUUCUCAACGACCGUAUCAAGACAACUGCCGCCAAGGCACAUACGCUGAAGCGGUAUGCCGACAAGAUGGUGUCUCUGGCAAAGAAGGAUACUGUUGUGGCGCGUAAGCAGGCGCUCCGUGUCCUGCAGUCGCGUGAGGCCAUGCACAAGCUGUUUGGUAUCACCGCCCCGAGGCUCCGUGACCGACAGGGUGGCUACACGAGGGUGGUCAAGGCAGAGCGCCGGUUGAAGGAUGCUGCGCCCAUGGUCUUUAUCGAGCUCAUGGACAUGCCUGGUCCCUUUAUCCCGUAUCCUACCUCGGGCGUCAAGGCUCGCCGUCGCGCAGAGUCCAAGGCCGAGGCUGCUCGCAUCCGCCGUCGUCUCCAGGAGGACGCUGCUGCUGCUGCUGGCGCCUCUUCUCCCUAGUCAACCCACCGAUGGAUGACCUGCUUGCCAGCGUCUGCAUCGUUGUCAUCGUCGUCGUCAUUGUUGGGAAGGGAAACGUGGAGGAAAUACAUCUCUGUGGGAUCGCCCCGUGAAGCAGCUGAUCUGGGCAGAAUGGGG